UUAGACGCGAGAACUUCCGGUAAAAACUGACUGUGCACGUGUGUUAAAGAAGAUAAACAGAAUAAUGCUAAAAUGUUGACUUCCAAAACUUUUGUGAAGAAAACGAAGAGGGGGAAAAUACUUAAGAUUGUAAGGGAGCAUUAUCUCCGUGAUGACAUAUCUUGCGGGUCGGAAUCUUGUCAGAUAUGCGAUCCUUUUGACUUCGGCCAGCCGCUUAGCUCCGAACCUGAAAAUAAAAGUCGCCUGUGUUUGACGCCUCACUACAUCAUACCAGAUACAAAUGUUGUUUUCGACCAGAUGGAUGUUUUGGAAGACAAUGUGGUGCAGAAUGUUGUGAUUCUACAGACAGUUUUGGAUGAGGUGAGGCACCGGAGCUCCCCAGGCUACAAGAGACUAAAAAGCAUGUUGGCAAACCCAAGCAAACAUUUCUUCACUUUCUGUAAUGAAUUCAACAAACACACAUAUGUGGAGCGACAAAAAGGAGAAUCUGCCAACGACCGGAACGACCGUGCAAUCAGAGAGGCGACAAGAUGGUACCAGGACCACCUGCGGGCAGAUGGCCAGUCCGAUUUGAUCAUUGAUGUAGUCCUUCUAACAAAUGAUGCUGACAACAGGAGAAAGGCAUUGGAACAAGGCCUUAAAGCAUUCACAGUCCAUGAAUAUGUCGAGAGUUUGGAGAACUGUGGACACCUUGUAGAUCUGUUGUCUCGAACACAUAUGAAAGUGCAUUCUCAGGACCGCCUCCUGUUCCCAGAGCACCUACCACUGUCCGAGAUACAGCGUGGAAUCAAAUCAGGGCGUUACUUCCAGGGAAGCUUCAUGGCUAGCCGGGAAAACUACCUAGAGGCUAAUGUCAGCGUCCACGACAUGGACAAAAUGGUGUUUAUACAAGGCCACAUGAACCUGAACAGGGCGGUUCAUAGUGAUGUGGUUGCCAUAGAGAUGUUACCAGAAGAAGAGUGGAGCUGUCCAUCCUCAAUGGUUCUUGAAGAGUCCACAGAGAAAGUUGUGGAAGACAGCAUGGAAACAGAGGACAACGCCAUUAAAAGAAUAAAAGUUCCCAAAGAGUUGCGUCAACCAACAGGCAGAAUUGUCGGCAUCAUCAAGAGAAAUUGGCGACAGUACUGUGGAAUUCUACGGCCCUCAUCAGUUAAAGAGGGUACCCGUCAUAUUGUCGUACCAGCAGAGAAGAGGAUUCCUAAAAUACGUAUUGAGACGAGGCAGGCAGCUGACCUUAUCACACAGAGAAUCGUAGUUGCCAUUGACAGUUGGCCACGCAAAUCCCGCUACCCACAGGGACAUUUUGUGAGGAAGCUUGGUAACAUUGGCGACAAGGAGACGGAGAACGAGGUCUUGUUAUUGGAGCACGAUGUCCCACACUCGAACUUCUCUGAAGCUGUUCUCGCCUGUCUCCCGAAACUCCCAUGGAUCAUAACAGAAGAGGAUUACAAGCGCCGUCGAGACCUUCGUGAUAUCAACAUUUGUAGUGUAGAUCCCCCUGGGUGUACAGACAUCGACGAUGCUCUACACUGUCGUGAACUGGCUAACGGAAACCUUGAGGUGGGUGUACACAUUGCUGAUGUAUCUCACUUCAUCAGACCCGGGACGGCCAUCGACAAGGAGGCCGCUGAGCGCGGUACCACUGUUUACCUUACAGACAGGAGAAUAGACAUGGUACCGGAACUCUUAAGUUCCAAUCUGUGUUCCCUCAGGUCGAAUGUGGAAAGGUUUGCAUUUUCAAUUCUGUGGGAAGUGACACAUGAUGCUGAAAUUGUAUCAACCAGUUUUACAAAGAGUGUAAUUAAGUCUAAGGCAGCCUUUACCUAUGCAGAAGCACAGAUGAAGAUAGAUGAUACCACACAGAAUGACUCUCUCACCAGAAGUCUACGCCAUCUCAAUAGGCUAGCCAAGAUCUUAAAACAGCGGAGAAUCGAUGCAGGAGCUCUGACCCUCGCAUCACCUGAAAUCCGAUUCCAUAUCGACAGUGAGACGCAUGAACCAAUUGAUGUUCAGGCUAAACAGAUCAUGGAAACUAACUCCAUGGUGGAAGAGUUCAUGUUACUGGCGAAUGUCGCAUCUGCCAAGAAAACACUAGAGGAGUUUCCUGAUUGUGCGUGUCUGCGGCGACAUCCAGCACCCCCUCCAUCUAACUUUGAUCCUGUCAUCAAAGCAGCGUUGUCCAAGGGUUUUACAAUAGAUGUAUCAAAAGGGAAGGGACUGGCCGACAGUUUAAAAGCAGCCGUCGUACCAUCAGAUCCAUACUUCAACACAAUGCUCCGGAUUAUGACCACCCGAUGUAUGAUGCAGGCAGUCUAUUUCUGCAGCGGGAUGAUUCCAGAGUCUGAAUAUUUCCAUUACGGUCUUGCAGCUGGCAUAUAUACCCACUUUACAUCGCCUAUCAGAAGAUUCUCAGACAUCAUUGUACACCGAUUACUAGCUGUGUGUAUAGGAGCAGAUGCCUCCUACCCGAGCUUAACAGACAAACACAAAACUCAGGUGGUGUGCAAUAAUUUAAACUACCGACACAAGAUGGCACAGUAUGCCGGCCGAGCUUCAGUCAAUCUUCACACACAUAUUUUUUUCAAGAACCGCAUCACGAACGAAGAAGGCUAUGUACUGUUUGUGAGACAGAACGCCUUACAGGUGCUUAUACCAAAGUAUGGCUUGGAGGGGACCUUGUAUUUGAGUGACGGAAAAUCAAAGUCCAACCCUCGCUUUACCUACAACGAAGAGGCCAGCACACAGACCUGUGGUAAUGUGACCUUCCACGUAUUUGACCAGGUCAUCAUAGAGCUUAGCAUAGACCAAUCAAAUGUCCAACACCUAAAGCUUUCUCUCAAGUUGGUCAAGCCGCAGAUACCAGACUUCAGUGUACCGCCAGUCAGUGACGAGGACAGUGAACCUCCAAAGAAAAAACAGAAGAAGGACAAAACCACAAAAUAAAUCUUUGGUAACUCCUGACCAUAAAUAAUGGGAGAUGAGGAUACGAGCCAAGAUCCGUUCCUCUUAAACUGGCAGGUUGUGAAAGAACAAGGAUAAGAAAUAUUCCUGUAUAUGGAGGAUGUAUAUCUAAUAUGUAAACAAUCAGGAAAAAUCAGGUAAAAAAUUGCUCUGAUUGAACAGACAAUGAUGUUCAAGAUCUAAACUUAUUUGAAUGUACAAUUUUGUUAAACAAUAUUAUUAAACUUUGAAAAUCCCA